CACAACAAUUUCCUUAGACUGUCCAGGUCGUAUUUAAUUUGCACAUCUCCGUUUUCAUACACACCAUAAAUCUCUGGCCAUAGUUGUCCAUACUCGGUUCAGAUUUUAUCCCAGCCGAGAUGAUUGUCCCUCUCGAGUUGUGGACCACUGACAUAAUCCAAUAGUUCAGAACCUGUAUACGAUCUGCACAGACACAUAUUCCUCUCUGAGAAUAUGAAAUACACACGAUGAAAAAUCACUCUGCUGUCAUUAGAAUGAGCGUGGUUUGACGGUUUCUUCGGCUCCACAAAGGUCGUGGUAGAAUACCGCACAAGAGGAGUACUCCACAGUCGAGAGACGAGGCACAGGUGUGUUCUCCGGUCGAGGCCUUAAAGGUCGUCGACUGUCCUUUAGUCCCACAAGAGACGAACCAUGCGCAUGCACCUGCGCCACGUUGAAAUAAGGAAGCUUCGACUCUUACACACCGCACUGGGUGUGUGGUAGAAUAUGCUCGUGCAGUUCACUGGUCUUGCAACUAGAGACCGCUCCUUAUCUUUCUGGGAAAACAGUCCUCCAGGUAAACUCUUUCCGGGGAAUAAUCUCGUUACUAUACAGUUUCUGCACAUUUAUGUUUUAUGCAUUCAAUCGUUGACCCAAAAUUUACAACAGUUUUUUUGAACAGUUUCAUUUUUACACCAAAAACAUCAUGAAGAAAAAUUUACUACUUUACCUCACCUAGGCAAGGAAAGUUAUCCUUCUGCCCAGUUACCUCGAGUGUCAAGUUUCUAGUUUCCCGCCAAACUUUGCUAGUGAACACUGUUCUCUAGUUUUCUCCAAUGUUCUUUAACCCUUUCACUGUUAACAUACUUUCACAUCUUCCCAUUCAUACGCCCUAUUACAUCAGCUUAGUGGGUUACAAAAGGUUAACACUUCAUGAGGGGUGGGGUUUGGGGUGUGAAAACACGAACAUGUCAAUGACAAGAAUAACUGAGACAAAUCUUAAUAAUAAACGUGUGAUUUAUAUAGGACACAAUCAUGCACACGAAGGUGCAUGCUCUCAGAUUAAUAUAAUUGCUUUAACCCACCCAAAAAAGCUAUGCUAUACUACUGUCAAUAGUGGUAACAAUGGUGGCAAUUAAAGCCAUCCAAAUUCUAGAUUCAUAUAAAAAAUGUAAAGAGCAUAAACUGGAUAACAUCCCCUGAAAAGUAAUAAAAACCAAAAACCCCAUAAACUCUACCAUAAAUGGAUUAAUAAGAUUGCUAGUAUUUAUAACCAUAAAAUAAAUUUAAAAUAUCUCUAAAAUAAACCAUAGGAAAUAUGGGGUUCCUUCACAACUUAACAUAAGGUAGGGUAAAAGCAAAUAAAUAAAAACUCUAAAUCUUUUUUUUCAAAAAAAAAACAACUUUACAAACUGUAAAGAUUGGGCCAAACCAUGUAAAUACCAGAUUUAUAAAGAUAGCAACAAUAUUAAAAAUUGAAAAAUAUAACAAUCUGAGAAUUGAGAGUAUUACUCCUGAAAUCAAGAUUGUUGUUUUAAAGAUUUUCAUAUUUUGUGACACAAUAAUCAAAUAUUAAAUAAAUAGCAAAAAAUGCAUUUUUAAGUGGCUACAAUGAAAAUGUUGAUUUAAAUCGACUUUUUAAAAACAUACCAUUAUUUCAAAAUUUAUUUUACUGUAUUCUAAAUCACACCUAAUUGAUUUUAGUGUCUUUGUAAAGUACACACUCAUUUUGAUAUCUUUGAAAGUCUUGGAGACGUGUGGUCAAAAAUUGUACCCCUAAAACUGCGAAGGACAAAAAGAAAAUUUUUUCUUAAAAGCCAAUUACAGCCAAAAUAAUGCUUAGCUCAACAAGCCAAUUUCCUACAACUGUAGAUAAUUUAUGUCUGAGCAAGACUACAAAAUUACUGUAGCUGUAACCUUUCCUGAUAUUGCGUUAAGUAAACACUGUUGCCCAAAAAUGUGAUUUUCAGAAAGCCAGUUUUCAUUUAAGGGUAACUUGUGACAAAAAACAAUAACCUACAGCGUUUAUUUCUUUCACUGGCCAUUUAACUCAAGCCUAGCAUCCCAGGGCUAUAGGUCUCACCCUCACUCCUUUCUUGUUGUGCAGCAAUCAGCUUCUUUUUCUUUUGUUUUUCUUUCCUUCGUUGUUUUGCUUCAGGCAGUGCUUCAUUAUCUGCUUUCCUACAUCGUUUUCUAUCUUGAUGUUCUUGGUAGGCCUGUAAAAUAAUAGAUGGAACAACGUCUAGCUGUUUCAUUACUUGUGACAGGUGGGAAGAACCUGAUUAAAGUGUGAAACAGCAGAUGCAACGGCAGCUUUUACUCGUGAGGCUCCUACAAAGGUGGUCUUUGGACAUCUAGCCCAUAUUACAGAGUUCAGGGAUUCAUUUGCAUUCUGAGUAAGUCCAUGCUGCAUCCUUCUGAGAAGAUUCAGAUCAGACAUUCUCUCGUAGAUAGGGUAGAUGGCCCGUGCAACUUCAUAAGAAAUAGGCGUUUUGAUUUUCUUUUUGUGGCUUUGUGGGGUCUCUCCUUUAGCCGCUGCUCUGUUAUAAAAACACCAUGAACUGGAGCCAUUUGGACACAUAUGGUGCUGUGGGUUUUCAUCUGUAGACAUACAAUGCAGCAAAGAUGCCCAAAUAGCUUCGUUUCAUUCCAUCAGGGUUCCCAAGGUGUUCGUUCACAGCAUUCCUGUAGUAUGUUUGUAAUACAUUACAAGUGUGCACAGUCAAGGAACCAAACUUUUUUCCUCCAAGCUUUUCCUCCUUCGCCUUCUUCCUAAGAGCUGUUCCAAUUCUCUUGUGACAAUGGUUAACACAUUCUAGCUUUUCUAUUUUUGUAUCACCAUAUGCCUUUGCAUCAAUCACUGCUUUGUGUGCGAUGGAAUCGCCAUCUGAAAGCAUUCUAGAGUAGCGCAUGUUAUGUUUUUCUAUUGACCUAGUCCACAUUCUGACUGCUGCCUCUUUCUCCAUGGCUUUUGAAGAGCCCUUAAAAUUUAUUUUGCAGUCUGCUUGAUGUUUCUGCUUCCACUCAGCUCUUUCAGAAUCAGACAUAUCUUUAGCCUUAUUGUGUUCACAUGCUAAGCAGUACUUUGAAAGAACUUCAUAAUCUAAAACUAAACCUGUCAUAACUUCAAUGACUAUUCCUACUCCAUAAUUUGAGGCAAAGCCUCUUUUAUGCCACGUUCCAUCAAAAGAAACCAUAACAUCAAGUGGCUGGUUACUACUGCAAACAUUAUCACUGUCACCUAUAUUACAACCAUCCAAGUCGGCAUAAACUUUCCUCACUGCUUCAGCAGAUGCAUUCAACACAUUAUCACUAACAUUAACAUGGGCUUCACCAACGUGCUUUGUGAGUUUCUCAUAUGUCGUGCUAUGCAUGCCUGGGAUAUUUACAAGAGCUGAACAUUUUUUUAAACGCUGCAUAACCUAGACCCAGCUCAUUAAAACAAACAACCAUAGCAUUAUUUACAUCAAACCCCUUGUUUGCUUGUUCGCUGUUACUUUUUCGCGAACAGGAGUAUUUUUUAGCAACAAACGGGCAUCUCUGACACUUAAUAUGUAUUUGUCUUGAAUAACCCAUUCUCUCUCCAAAAUAGACAUCAAAACUACCUUCAGUCCCACACUCAGAACAAGUGAACAUAGCAAACAGAUCUUUCAAUGUUUCUAACUCUAUGAUACACCGCUCUUUCGUCUCUACGUCCUUGACAGCGUCGGUCGGGCCAAUCUUUUCUUUCACAAGCUUGAGUUUUCGUCUAGAUGCUGAAGUCAAGUUUACAAAGUCGUCAACAUUGUCAGAAAUAGUCGUCCUUGCGAUUGAUAUCUCAGUCGGCGAGUCGGUGAUUUUCGUUCCAUGUGACUCUUCAUAUUUUAGUUUGUCUCUUGCCUUCUGCCAUCGCGCCUUCGCCAAUUUUUGAGCUCUCUCCUUUUUUCUCUGCACAUAUGUUUUUUUCUUACUCGGAUAGAUUGAAAUGCCGUCAGAAACCUCCACGGUCGCUUCUGCCACAAAGGAAGUCGACGCACUUUCAGCCAUCUUGAUGAGAAAGGAAAUCGUCGCUGCUCAAAGGGAAGAAACCGAUCGUAGCGCCAAUUUCAAAAUAAGGCAAUUUCUGUCAGCGACUCUCGAUGAGGGUAGCCACCACAACCUUACAUCAUAGAAGUCUGUGGUAGCUACUAAUCUUCGGAAAUAACGAAGCCAGUUGUAGCUUAUAUGUGUAUCAUACGUAGAGUAAUGCAGGGGAGAGAAUACGAUACGAAGCGUCUGUCUUCGCUCCUAGUGCGACAUUGUGGAUUUUUCGGCAUCAGGUUGAGAAGAAAAGAGGUUAGGGUAGGUGUAAGCAAUGAUUUUUAACUUAAAAAAAUACCUUCAUUAAUCGGAACCUCAUUUAUAAGAUAUCAAGGUACGAAGAUCUAUUCUUAUCUCAGAUUCGACUACGAGACCCCAAAUUCGAUCAGGACUCGCCUCUCACCUUUGUAACGCACAGUUAAAAAAACAAACAAACAAAAAAACAAACAGUAAGUAAAGUUGAAUAGAAGUCUAGAAUAUAGGAAUAGGUCAACAUUAUGGGUCUGGCAACCAGUCCAGUUGACCACCACUGAGGACUUGACAUGCCUUUUGGAGAAUGAGACAACAAAAACAGAUGAGCCUCAGAGGGAACCAGUAAAUGUAAACACCACCUGCGGCAUCACGGAACAACUCUCCUCCCACACCUAUCCUGACCCCUUAUAUCCUCCGCUCUCCCAUAUUCACCCAGAUCCCCAUUCUCACGCAAAGCGAAAUCGCUUUUGGGUGAAAAAAAACACUUUUCCUCUUUUUAAAAAAAAAGGAGGGGGGGAUGUCUGAACACAUGACACCGCCAUCUUAGCCAUGAGGACGCUAAAUGGUUGCUCCCUUGAAACAUUCCGCAAUUUCUAGCAGCCACCACACAAACUCGCACAUUUGAACAGUUUCUUAAACUUUGAAAUAUUGAAGAUGGCAAAACUGGGACUUUCUCCUCACGAGGAAAAGAUGGUGCAGUUACAGUACCAAUUAAGAGAAAAUCAGCAAGAAUUGCAGGACGUAUUGUCGGAUCUUGGAAACUGGGAAGACCAAAUAAAAACGAAAGAAGAGGAGUUGAAAAAGAAGAAAUCAUCCGAACAGCUAGAGAAAUUACCACCAGUUAGAAACAGCCUCGAUAAGAAGAAACUAAAGAAAAAGAAGGAAUCAAAAUCAUCCAAGAAACCAAAAAGGAUUAGUGGAGGUGAUUUCAGAGCCUGGGAUAAAUACGAUGUGGAUAAAGCUCUUCAGGAGAUUGACCAAAGUGAAGAAAAAUCAUCAUCAGAGUAUGAGACUGAUGAAGAAUGGGAAAUAGAGAGAAAGAAGCAGUUAGCCAAUGAAGAGAAAAAUAAGGGAAACUCACACUUGAAUGCAGGGGCUUAUGAUGUAGCAAUUGAAUGUUACACACGUGGCAUGGAGCUUGAUCCAACCAAUCCACUACUGCCAGCAAACCGUGCCAUGGCUCUUUUGAAACUUCAGAAGUAUGGGGCUGCAGAGAUGGACUGCCACACAGCAAUAUCCUUGGAUCCACUGUACGUGAAAGGAUACCUCCGACGUGCUGCGGCACGCAUUGGUCUGAACAGACUGUCAGAGGCACUUGCUGAUUACAACCGUGUGCUUCAGUUGGAGCCGACAAAUAAACAGGCUAAAUCAGAAAUUGAAAGACUUGAAAAGGAGCAGGAAAGAGAUAAGGAUCAAACACCAUCUAAAACAUCUUUGGAAACAACCGAGAGCUGUGUAGUGAAGCCCAUUUAUAAAGUGCCUGAAGAAAGAUCAAAAAAACCGCUUAGGCGACUGGAGAUCCAGGAAAUUGGUGUAGAGCAGAACACCAAACAGAAAGAAGCGAUAGCUAAGGUUGUGGCCACCCAGAGUACUGCAAAGAAAGAAAUGGAAGCUAGAGACAAGGAGAUGUUUGAGCACUUUGUUGGACAUUCUGCAUGUGGUGUUACUGACACAGCCAAGACAAUAAGCAGAGACUUAGAGAAUACAGAGAUGCAAGCCACUUGUGAGGAUAAUACUGCAGAGCAUUGUGAAAAAAAGAAUGAAAGUGUAGAAGAAUAUUCAGACUUAAACCCAGCAGCUGUUGAUACUGCUAUCAAAAAGUCAGAUAUUUCCAGGAAAAGAACACAUUCUACAGACCUAAAACCAGUCCCCCUGCAAACUCACACAGGUGGCUCAGCAUCAUUAGCAGCAGUUCUAGAAAAGGAUCCUCCACAAACAUCCUUUCAGUUCCAAGCUGACUUUAAAGUGCUUAAAAGUGACUUGCAUGCAUUUUAUAACUACUUCAAGAGAAUCGACCCUGCUCAGUAUUCCAAACUUUUUGGUCAGAGCUUAGAGGCACCAGUCCUUCUCACGAUUGUUGAUGCCAUCAAAGAACACUUCAUUCCAUCUGGGGAAGAUUUCUAUCAUCAGCUCAAGGAACUCAGCGAAGUGAAGCGUUUUUCUAUGACUGUAAUGUUCCUUUCAAGCAAAGAAAAACAAGGCCUGAAGGACAUUUUCCAGCACUUACGGAUGAUGAAUUCAUAUUCUGCAGCAGAUAUUGAAGCCCUGGCCAAGAAAUAUGAAGUCUGAUGGGAAAAAUUAAGAUAUUUUGAAUCCUAAAAAAUGAACA